AGGUUUGGAAAAGAGUCCAAAAUAGUAUUUAUUUUGUAUUUUUUAAUGUUGAAAAUAAGAGAGAAGGGUAAAUUGGGUAUUUGGUAAGCCAAAGACUUUUGCUUAGUGUACUUUGCUCUUCGCUGGUUUUGAGGACUAGGGCUUAAGCGGUAGCUGGACGAAGAAGAAGAAGAAGAAGCUCUGUCAAUGGGUGCAAGCAGCGAUCCGACUCAAGAUGGGUCCGACGAGCAGCAAAAACGUUCAGAGAUCUACACAUACGAAGCUCCAUGGCACAUCUACGCCAUGAACUGGAGUGUCCGCCGCGACAAAAAGUACCGACUCGCAAUCGCAAGCCUUCUGGAACAACACCCAAACAAAGUCGAAAUCGUUCAGCUUGACGACUCCAAUGGCGAGAUCCGCUCCGAUCCAUCUCUCUCCUUCGAACACCCAUACCCUCCAACAAAAACAAUCUUCAUUCCAGACAAGGAGUGCCAAAAACCCGACCUCCUAGCCACAUCAAGCGAUUUCCUCCGAGUAUGGCGAAUCUCCGAUCAAGAUUCCGGUGUCGAGCUCAAAUCUCUUCUCAACGGAAACAAGAACAGCGAAUUCUGCGGUCCGCUUACUUCCUUCGAUUGGAACGAAGCCGAACCCAAACGAAUCGGAACUUCAAGCAUAGAUACGACUUGUACGAUUUGGGAUAUCGAACGUGAAGCUGUGGAUACUCAGUUAAUCGCUCACGAUAAAGAGGUUUACGAUAUAGCUUGGGGUGGAGUUGGUGUUUUCGCCUCAGUCUCCGCCGAUGGAUCGGUAAGAGUUUUUGAUCUUCGCGAUAAAGAACAUUCCACGAUUAUAUACGAGAGUUCUGAGCCAGAUACUCCUCUGGUUCGACUCGGUUGGAAUAAGCAAGACCCUAGGUAUAUGGCUACUAUAAUAAUGGAUAGUGCUAAGGUUGUUGUUCUUGAUAUUCGUUUCCCUACUCUUCCCGUGGUUGAGUUACAGAGACACCAAGCUAGUGUGAACGCCAUUGCUUGGGCUCCACAUAGCUCUUGUCAUAUAUGUACAGCAGGGGAUGAUUCUCAGGCUUUGAUUUGGGAUCUUUCUUCAAUGGGUCAGCCUGUUGAAGGUGGAUUGGAUCCAAUCCUUGCUUAUACUGCUGGUGCUGAGAUUGAACAGUUACAGUGGUCUUCUUCACAGCCUGAUUGGGUUGCCAUUGCUUUCUCUAGUAAGCUUCAAAUAUUGAGGGUAUGAAUGAUGAAAGUAAAGAAAAAAAAAACAAAUCUUUCUUUCUUUCUCUUUCUCUUUGAGUUUGAUUAUUGAUAUGAUGAAAAAUAGCAAAGAAGGGUCGAUGAUGAUCACUGAAAGCUAAAGAGAAAGCUUCUUCUCAGCUAUGGUGCUGAUGAUGAUGAUGAUGAUGAUGGAGAAGAAGAAGAUGAUGAAGAAGAAGAAGGUUACUACUAUUACUAACAUUUCUUUAUCUCUUGUUUCUUGUUUUAGUGUUUUUUUUUUUUUUUUACUAAUUACCUCAUAAUUCAUUCCUUAUUUUGUCUCAUACAUUGUGUUCCUUAGUUUGAUAAUUCAUGUUCAUUGUAACCAUUGAAACUAUAUGUAAAAUAGAUACAUUUUAACUUUAGGGGAAUUCAAUUAGCUCGAAUGGUCAGAUAUGUGUUAGUUAUGAAGAAUGCAAUUAGAAUGAUAGUAGUACUAAUACUAGACCGAUAGCUCGGAUGGUCAGACAUGUGGGUAUUUGAAUUUCGAGCCUCCGAAUAUUGUAGGGUUCGGGUACGAAGCUCCGAAAAAAAUGUGUUAGAGAUGGAGUUGAGUUUAGGGGUUAGUUUUUAGUAAUCAUUAGGUGAGUUAAGAGUGGUUGAUUUUUGGAUUUGGAGGAGAAAUUGAAGAGUGCUUGUGUUGGUUCAAGUGAAAACUAUGUUUUGUGAUGUACAAGUACUAAUGAAUGAAUUAAUAUCUUUUUACUGUCUAA